AGCCACUUGCCUAGAAAGAGCAGUUCCUGAUUUUGCAAGGACUGCCUGUAUAACAUACUCUCGACAAGGAGGCACCAUACUGCACAGGCAAUAUACUUUGUGUGUGUUCCUUUUGCAAGAGGACGAACCAUCUGCAAACUUUUGGCAACUGGAAGAGGCUAUGAUCCCAAACCUCACAUUUCUGCUUUGUCUUGGACUGAGUCUGGGCCCCAGGAACCAAGUGUUGGCAGGGGGCCUCUCCAAACCCACACUCAGAGCUGUGCCAAGUAAUGUGGUAACCACUGGGGAGCAGGUAACUCUAAUUUGUGAAGGCCCCUUAGAUGCCCAGGAAUACAAGCUCUAUAAAGAAGGAAAUCCAGAUUUCCAGAUACCAACAGCUUAUGAAGACAUUGAAAAAAAUAACAAGAUCAUUAUCUCCUCCAUUAGAAGUCAGGAUGCAGGCCAAUAUCGGUGUUAUUAUAAACACCCUAAUGGCACAUCAGAACACAGUGACACCCUGGAGCUCUUGGUGACAGGAGUCUACUCCAGCAAAGUCACCCUUUCAUCCCUGCCCAGCCCUGUGGUGACCUCAGGAAGUGAUGUGACUCUUCAGUGCUCCUCACAAGAGGAAUACAACAGUUUCAUUCUAGUGAAGGAAGAUCAAAAAUUUUCUAGUGCCAUGGCCUCACAGGACAUAUACACUGGUAUAUUCCAGGCCCUGUUCACAGUGGGUCCUGUGACUCCACAACAGAGAUGGAGAUUCACGUGUUAUGGCUAUUACCCGAACAGCUUACAGCUGUGGUCAGUACCCAGUAACAGCCUAGAACUCCUGGUCUCAGGGACCCUCCACAAACCCAACAUCUGGGCUGAGCCAGGCCCUCUGAUCACAUUAGGGAGUCCUGUCACCAUCUGGUGUGAGGGGACCAGAGAAACCCAAACAUAUGUGCUACAUAAAGAGGGAAGUCCAGAACUCUGGGACAGACAGACCCAAAAGGAUUUCAACAAUAAGGCAAAAUUCACUAUCGCUUCCGUGACAACACUGCAUGCAGGGAAAUAUCACUGUUAUUCUUACAACUCUGCUGGGUGGUCAGAGCGCAGUGAUGCCCUGGAGCUGGUGGUGACAGGAGUCUAUCCCAGCAAAGUCUCCUUGUCAGCCCAGCAUAGCCCUGUGGUUACCUCAGGAGGGUAUGUGAACCUUAAGUGUUUCUCUCAGCAUGGAUAUAACAGGUUCACCCUAAUAAAGGAAGACCAGAAAUUCUCCAGGCACAUGACCUCACAGAAGACAUACACUGGUGUAUUCCAGGCUUUUUUCAGAGUGGAUCAUGUGACCCCCAACCAGAGAUGGAGGUUCACAUGCUAUGGCUAUUACUGGAACAGCCCCCAGCUGUGGUCAGUACCCAGUAACCAUCUAGAGCUCCUAAUCUCAGGGACCCUCCACAAACCCACCAUCUGGGCUGAGCCAGGCCCUCUGAUCACCUUAGGGAGUCCUGUCACCAUCUGGUGUGAGGGGACCAGAGAAACCCAAAUGUAUGUGCUACAUAAAGAGGGAAGUCCAGAACCCUGGGGCAGACAGACCCAAAGGGAUCACAACAAUAAGGCAAAAUUCACCAUCCCAUCUGUGAUAACACGGCAUGCAGGGAAAUAUCACUGUUAUUCUUACAACUCUGCUGGGUGGUCAGAGCGCAGUGAUGCCCUGGAGCUGGUGGUGACAGGAGUGUCCAUUAAACCCAGACUGGUAGCCCUGAACAGCCCUGUUGUAACUGUAGGACGGUCUGUGACCCUCUCAUGUACCUCAAAUCAGAGAUACAACAGGUUCAGUUUAAUUAAGGACAAGCAGAAGUUUUCCAGCUCCAUGGGCUCCCAGAAUGUAUAUACUGGGCUGUCUUCUGCCAGGUUCCAAGUGCGUCUCAUGACCUCCAGCCAAAGAUGGAGUUUCAGAUGCUAUGGCUAUCACACAAGCAAGCCUCAAGUGUGGUCAGAAGGGAGUGACAUCCUCGAGCUUCUAGUCUCAGGAACCCUCCAGAAACCCAGCAUCUGGGCUGAGCCAGGCUCUGUGAUCACCUCAGGGAAUCCUGUGACAAUCUGGUGUGCGGGUACAAUGGAAACUCAAAUAUAUUUCCUGUAUAAAGAAGGAAGCCCAGCACCCUGGGAUAGAUUGAAUGCACCAGUGCCUGAUCACAAGGCCAAGUUUUUCAUCCCAUCCAUGACAGAGCAUAAUGCAGGGCGAUAUCGCUGUUACUGUUUUAACUCUGCUGGGUGGACUGAGAAGAGUGAUGCUCUGGGGCUGGUGGUGACAGGUGUCUAUACCAAACCCACCCUGUCUGCACUGCCAAACCCUGUUGUAACCUUAGGAGGAUCUGUGACACUUUCAUGUACCUCAAAUCAGAGAUAUGACAGGUUCGUUUUAAUUAAGGACAAACCGUUCUCCAGCUCCAUGGACUCACAAUAUGUAUAUACUCGUCAGUCUUCAGCAAGAUUCCAAGUGGGUCCCAUCACACUCAAUGAAAACUGGAGUUUCAGAUGUUAUGGCUAUCACAUAAACAACCCUCACGUGUGGUCAGGAGGGAGUGACAUCUUGGAGAUUCUAGUCUCAGGAACCCUCAAGAAACCCAACAUCUGGGCUGAGCCGGGCUCUGUGAUAACCUCAGGGAAUCCUGUGACAAUCUGGUGUGAGGGAACUAAGGAAACUCAAAUAUAUUUCCUGUAUAAAGAAGGAAGCCCAGCACCCUGGGAAAGAUUAACUGCACCAGUGCCUGAUCACAAGGCCAAGUUUUUCAUCCCAUCCAUGAGAGAACACAAUGCAGGACGAUAUUACUGUUACUGUUAUAACUCUGCUGGGUGGACACAGCACAGUGACUCCCUGGAGCUGGUGGUGACAGGGUCAUCCAGGAAGCCCUCCCUGAUAACCCAGCAAAGACCUAUCUUGGACCCUGGAGAGAAGCUGACCCUCCAGUGUUACUCAACAUGAGUUAUGACAGAUUUGUCUCUUUCCAAGGAGGGCGGAAGUGAUGUCCCACAGAUGUCUGCCCAUUUUACCCAGGCUGGAAUGUCUCAUGCAAACUUCACCUUACACUCUGUGGAUUUCACCACUGGUGGCCGGUAUAGAUGCCAUGGUUCAUUCAACAUCUCUUCUGAGUGGUCAGCUCCCAGUGACCCUCUGGAUAUCCUGAUUACAGGACAUCCUCCUGUCAAACCCAACCUCUCAGUGCAUCCAGGCACCACCAUGUCCUCAGGAGAGAAAGUGACCCUGUUGUGUAAAUUCAAUCCCAGUGACAGCUUCCUUCUGUUCAAGGAGGGGGCAUUCCAUUCCCACAUGCAUCAAAUAUCAAAGCUCCAAGAUUCACAGUAUCAGGCAGAAUUCUCCAUGAGUGCUGUGACUCCAUCCGUUGGGGGUAUCUAUAUGUGUUUUGGUUCUCAAAGAUCAUUUCCUUACCUGUUGUCACAACCCAGUGUCUCCAUGGAGAUCAUAGUCUCAGGACUAGCAAGAUACCAGAAGAUUUUGAUUGGAGUUUCUGUGGGAUUCCUCCUGCUGCUCUUCCUUCUUGCCCUACUCCUUCUGCUCAGACUCAGGCACCAGAAAAAAUGCAGCAAGGGACUCCAGACAGUGGCCAGCUUGCAACAUUCUGCAGGAGCUGGAGAGGCAGUGACCAGGGACAGAGGCAUCCAGAAGAGCCCAGCUGCUGCUAUCCAGGAAGAAACCUUGUAUACCAUGGUGAAGGGAACACAGAUUAAAGAGAGCAUGGAGCUGGACAUUAUGAACCACCAUGAGGAAAAUCACUCCAAAGAUUUGUAUGCCCAAGUGAAACCCUCCAGACUCAGACUCAGGGCAGAGCCCACCUCUCCUUCCCUCAUGCCAAAGGAACCGCUGGACUCAAACAACAGGCAGGCAAAAGAAAGCAAAGUGAGAGACCAUCAGGCUGCUGCAUCCAAGGAGCCCUGUGAUGUGACCUAUGCCCAGCUGCACAUCAUGACUCCAAGACAGAGGCAGCUAAACCUCACAUCUCUCAGGCCAAAAAGUCCCACUUGAGACACUACUCUGGUGUUUACCUGUCCAGAUCCAGGGAAAUCCAGACUCUAUAUUCUGUGGGGAGGUAGGACUCAGGGAGAUGAGAAAAUAGAAUCUGUCACAGGUGUACAGCCAUUUUGCAGAUAUAUCAUGCAGAGUGUGGUAACUUUGGGAACUCAACUGAUUAUGUAAUCAGGAUAAGUAAUAUCCCUGCAUUUUAUGAAUAAAGCAAAUAUUUUGUCAUUACUCAAUGGAUAAAAUGGAAGAAAGUAGGAGUGAAGGAAGUCUCUGGUUUUGUUUUUAUGCUUUUCUUUGUUAUUUGCUUUUCUUUCAAAUUCAAGACCUUUUUCAUUAAUUGU